GAUGGCGGACGAAGAUUCGGAAGUGGAGUUGGGUUUCGUCGAAAAACCAGAAAAUUCCAUAACAUUAUCAAGUCCUUUCUUCCCUAGUAAAGUCGGCGGGAAACCAUCAUGGCUUGACCUAGAAAACCUGCCGCCUUUACAGCUCUUAAGCUGCAAAAGUUGUAAAAAACAAAUGGUUUUUUUGCUUCAAGUUUAUGCGCCGGUUCACGAAGACGAACGAUGUUUUCACAGAACUGUCUUUGUUUUCUGCUGUAAAGACGGAAAAUGCCAUAAGAAGGACUCCAGUGAAGCUUUUCUUGCUCUACGAAAUCAGCUUCCUCGAAAAAAUAAGUUUUAUAGCUCUACAGCUCCUCCAAUAUUCGUUGAGGGAGAGACUGUGACGCUAAAAACCCUGGACUCUCGAUUUAGACCUCGUAAUUUUGCUUGUCUUUGCGAAACUUGUGGUUGUUUAGGAGAUAAGAAGUGUUCUCAGUGCCAUGCUGUUUCUUAUUGCUGUCGGGAUCACCAGGUUUUUGAUUGGAAGGCUGGACAUCGAAAAAAAUGUUCAAAACUGGCAGAGGAAUUGGCUUCUGGUAAAGUAAAAGUGGACAUGCAAUCAAAAUCAACAAACAAGCUACUUUUUCCAGAAUUCGAGAUCAUCACAGAACCAGAGCCUUCAGAGGUGGAAUCUGAAGAGCGCAGUGAAAAAGAGCGAAUGAAAGACUUUGAAAAAAUAACUAAAAAACUUGACCAAGUUGAUCUUGGUGGCCAAGACGAUAAAGAGCUGGAAAAACUUGCAAUGGCUGGGAAGGAAGACAUCUUGGCUGAUAAGCAGUUCAGGGUAUUUAAGAAGAGAAUCACCAGGCAACCUGACCAGAUGCUGAGAUACCAGCGUGGAGCAAAACCUCUUUUUGUAUCAAAACAACACCAACCAAGUAAUGAGUUGAUUCCAAAGUGUUCUUGUGGGGCCAAUAGACAGUUUGAAUUCCAGAUAAUGCCACAGUUACUAAAUCACCUCGGUGUUGACAGUGUUGAGGAAAGUAUUGACUGGGGUACUAUACUUAUAUACACAUGUACCAAGAACUGCGAGAGUGAUACUGUUGCAUAUCAUGAAGAGUUCGUCUGGAAACAAGAUUUUACAGAUACUGGUAUUCCUGGAAAUGCCCUGUUCUAGUAAUCUGACUGGUAGGCAUCAGGGCUUAAAAUAA